AAAGAAAAAGAAGAAGAUUUUUGAAUUUGUCAAAAUCAAAACAAUCUUUUGAGUCGUGCGUGAUUUUAUAAAUUGUGUUGUCGCCGCUAUUAGUGUAGGAAUUUUGUAAUUGUGCUCUAUCAGGGAAAAUGGAGGUUACAGACGACAAUUUAGUAACUCUCGCUAACUAUCUACAACAAACUUUGAAUCCUGAUCCGAACGUUCGAAGACCCGCUGAAAAGUUUUUAGAAGGAGUCGAGGUUAACCAGAAUUAUCCAGUCUUAUUGCUUCACCUCAUUGACAAGGAUGGUGUUGAUAUGACCAUUAGGGUUGCGGCUGCUAUAGCAUUUAAGAACUACAUAAAAAGGAACUGGGCUGUUGAUGAAGAUGGAUCAGACAGGAUACAUAUAUCAGAUCGAAACACCAUUAAAGUUCUUAUAGUGUCCCUAAUGUUGAAGUCACCUGAAUCAAUACAGCGACAAUUCAGUGAUGCUAUGUCCAUCAUUGGCAAACAUGACUUUCCAGAAAAAUGGCCCAACCUAAUUCCAGAAAUGGUGGAAAAAUUUGCUACUGGCGAUUUUCACGUCAUCAAUGGAAUUUUAAGAACAGCACAUUCACUAUUCAAGCGGUACAGAUACGAAUUCAAGUCACAAAAACUUUGGGAGGAAAUUAAACAUGUCUUGGAAAAUUUUGCCAAACCUCUGACGGACUUGUUUGUAGCCACAAUUGAUCUAACAAACAAACACGCGGACAACCCUCAAGCUCUCCACGUCAUAUACGGAUCAUUGGUUCUCAUCUGCAAAGUCUUCUACUCGCUGAACUAUCAGGACCUGCCCGAGUUCUUCGAGGACAAUAUGCCCAUAUGGAUGCCUAAUCUUCUAAACUUGCUGCAAGUCAAGGUGGCGUGCUUGGAAAAUGAUGGCGAUGAAGAUAAGCCAGGUGUUUUGGAACAGUUACGCACUGAAGUAUGCGAGUGCGCUGCGUUAUACGCGCUCAAGUACGAAGAGGAGUUCGUUCCGUACGCACCUGGUUUCGUAACGGCUGUGUGGACUGUGCUACUCUCCACCAAUUCCCAGUCUAAAUAUGACGCGCUAGUGUCUAACGCGCUCACGUUUUUGGCGAAGAUAGCUGAAAAGAACAGUUACAAAAGCUUAUUCGAGGACCCGGCUACACUCAGCAGCAUUUGUGAGAAAGUCGUCAUACCAAACAUGGAGUUCAGAGAAUCGGAUAUGGAGUUGUUCGAAGACAACCCCGAAGAGUACGUCCGCAGAGACAUUGAGGGCUCGGACGUGGACACGAGGAGACGCGCCGCCUGCGACCUGGUGCGGUCCCUGGCGCAGCAGUACGAACACAAGAUCAUGCACAUCUUCGGACAAUACGUGCAGCUGAUGCUGCAGAAGUACACCGAAGGCGGGGCGAACGCGUGGCGUGGUAAAGACGCGGCGAUGUACCUGGUGACGUCACUCGCGUCCCGCGGCUCCACUCAGGCGGCGGGCGUCACUCGCGCCUCGCCUCUUGUAGACCUCGCGCAGUUCGCGGCCAAUCACGCGAUACCAGAGCUGCAGCGGCCGGACGUAAACGAGUUGCCGGUUCUAAAGGCGGACGCCAUCAAAUACCUGAUGACCUUCCGGUCGCUACUACCCAAAGAUCUGCUUAUAAACGCCUUGCCCCUAUUGAUUCAACACGUGCCGGCCCGCGGUGUGGUCUGCACGUAUGCCGCGUGUGCCAUAGAGAAGUUGAUGGUGGGUGGUAUAGUGCCCUCUGCGGCGUUACAACCUCACGCUGCUACGCUAUUAUCGUCCUUAUUGGCAACGCUGGACGCGAACGACCCCGCGAAGCACAACGAGUAUGUCAUGAAAGCCAUCCUGCGCACACUGUCCUGUUUGCAAGAGACUGCUUUGCCCUAUUUAGGUGAAGCCCUACCGAAGCUAGCCCAUAUGCUUUCUGUAGUAGCCAAGAACCCAAGCAAGCCCCACUUCAACCACUAUUUGUUUGAAACACUUUCCUUGGCCGUGUCAUUGGUGACUAAAUCCAAUCCGAAUGCGAUUUCCGCUUUCGAAGAUGCCCUGUUUCCGAUAUUCCAAGAGAUUCUACAGAACGAUGUCCAAGAAUUCAUGCCCUACGUGUUCCAAAUGCUAUCCCUUCUGCUGGAAUUGCGCGGUUUGGGCGGGGACAACGCGGGCGGCGACGGCGACGCCUACGGAGCCCUAUUGCCUUGUCUCCUGGCGCCCCCUUUAUGGCAGCGGAGCGCUAAUGUGCGACCUUUAGUUCGUCUAUUGUGCGCUCUCACUGCUGCCAGAUCGAAUUUAGUGCAGCAGCCUCAGACGUUGAAUGCCAUGCUGGGUGUGUUCCAAAAACUCAUAGCGUCGAAGACCAACGACCACGAAGGAUUCUACCUCGUACAGACCAUGCUUUACAAAUUUGGAGAGACGGCAAUGCAGCGAUAUUUGAAACAGAUCAUGACAUUGCUGUUCCAAAGGCUGUCUUCCUCCAAGACCACAAAGUACGUGCGAGGCUUGAUAGCGUUCCUGGGCUUUUACGCGGCUCACUUCGGACCGGAUCAUCUUAUCGAGCUGAUUGACUCGGUGCAAGCCAAUAUGUUCGCAAUGUACGUGGAGCGAGUAUUGGUGCCAGAAUUGCAGAAAGUGAGCGGCGCGUUAGAACGUAAGGCGGCGGCCAUCGGCUGCGUGAAGUUGUUGACGGUCAGCGCUCACUUCAGGACGAAUCUUACGCGGUACUGGCCCCCCCUCAUGCAGGCGCUGGUCUCCCUGUUCGAGUUGCCCCCGGAUGAGUCUACUCUACCCGAAGACCAUUUCAUCGAAGUGGACGACGCCCCCGGUUACCAGGCUCAAUACGCACAACUUACAUGCGCCAAGGGAGUCGCCAACGAUCCGCUUGCCAGCAUCGAUGAUCCCAAGCGCUUCCUAGCCGAGAGCCUGGGUAAUCUGUCCAGGUCUUCGCCUGGAGUACUGCCUCCAUUAGUGGCAGCUCUGGACGAACCCCAUCGUCAAGCUUUACAAACUUACCUCAACAUGUACAGCGUUCAGAUCUGCUGAUAUGACACUGACACAAGAGAUCUAGCCCUGCUCACCGGAAUCAAUUAACCAGUGAAAGUGUUUACAGUGAAAAGUUAUGUGUAAAAGUGAAGUGCAAAUGUGAUACUGAGUUCUGUGGAUAAUAGCAGGUCAAAUACACAAUGUGAUAGGUGUUUGACUGAUUGUUAUAUUAUACAAAACACUUGAAACUCUUUUUCCGGAGAUAUGAAGUUUGAAGUUAUGUGUACGAAGUAAAAUUAUCUAAAAAGAACUUCUAUAAUAAACUUCCUUGUAAAAGAGGGAAAUCAUAAUCAGCUUUUUAUAGAGCCAUAUUUUUUUUUCAUUUAACAACAGUCAAAAACCAUAUUCUGAAACUUGUAUUUGUUAAGAGCUGUCAGUUUUCGGUAUUUAUCUAUAUCUUCACAAUUUCUUAAUUGUCAUCAAUUGUAAUAACUUUUCAAAACAAUGACUGAUUUGUGAUGGAAUUGAAUGAUUGAAAAUAAAUAUUUGAGUGAAUGGAUCAAUUCUUAAAGCACUGAAGAAAAGUGAAUUGGGAAGCAGGUGUAUUGUUGGUUGCUUGUAUGUUUUUUGGAUGUAAAUAUGUGUUAUGAAUGAAAAGUGUGAAAAUUGUUUGAACUUGUAAGUUCUUCUCCCAAAUGAUAUAUGUAUGAUGAGAUAUGUAUGUAAGUGAUAAUUGGAUAGAAUUGUUAACAUGCAUGGAUGAAUCUUCUGAUUGUGAACUAUUACCAUGUGCAUAGAUGAAAAUGAUAUUUCUUACUGUAUGGCGUUGAACGCGUUAUUAGUGAAUGUAUAGGAUUUUUUGUUUGUGUAAUACAAACAAAAAAUCUUAAGGGUCUUAGAUUACUUUGAAUACUUGACACAUGAUUAAAUAUGUAGCAAGUUCAUGUCAUUAUUACUAUUCCCAAUGCUUGAAAUGACUUAUGUUGAGGGAUCUAACUUUUUACCUAGUACAAUCCAGUUUUUUGCUAUUCUAAAGGACAAAAAUGUAAUUCCUCAGUGUCCCUCAUAAGCUAAAGUUAUAUUAAUUCUAAUAACAUUGUAAGUAUAUGUUUAGCUCUGUUCUUAUUAUGUAUGUUCCAAAUAGUUAUUUUUAUGUUAUAAUUUCAACACUCUUAUUGUUAUUUAAUGUUUUUUUUCCAUUAGGAAUAUUUAUCGUGGCUAAUUUCAUUGUAUUAUACUUGUCUGUUCAAUAAAUGCUUUUGCGUUUCUGAA